AUGGCAACAUCCCUGGCGCCAACGCCUGCAUCUGCGCCUACCCCAACUCCGCCGCCAUUCCUAACUCCCGGAUUAGUCUCAGCACUUGUACAAGCCCAUCUCACGGAUUCUGUUGGGCUGGCCAAUUCCUUGGGGCCAUUGAUGCGUGCAAUGUCUCUUUUAGCGCACAGACAGGCUCAGGCCAGUAUGCUAACACAGGCCCAUAGACAACAGAGGCAACAACAAAAGCAACAGCAACAACAGCACCAACAGUAG